AUAACGUGACGCAGCCUGUCAGUGCUGCUGUUGGCUGCUCAAAGUUCACUUCACGUCUCGGUAGUUUUAAGUUGUCAAGUGGGACUCUGCUUCAGCCUGCACGCUUUGUCGCUUUUGUGGUGUUGUCAUAUAGCUCCUGCACGAACACUUUGCCCAGCGUGAACAGGCCACAGCAGGCUAAUAUGUCCAUUUUCUUACCACCCCUGGGUUUUAGCCUAAUUGAUACGUGGUUUAUGUAGUUCACUAUAAAUGCAAUGAGUCCAGGGCAUUUAUAGUUAACUACUCAGAUGUCUGGAGUCUACUGAGACAAGCACUGUACAGGGUUCCUGAUGGACAGUCUGAACUCUGUGACCAGUGAUAUCUAAUACAACUGUAGCUAUACAGUGUAUUCCAUUAUAGUAACACACACCCCAACAUCACCAUUUUCAAAAUCAGAACAUCCAUAUGUUUCAUCAGACUGAACACAUAUUGAUGGAAUAAGAGACGGUGUCUCUUGCAUUGCGGUCAGUGGAACACUGCAUAACCUUUCAAUACAAGUGGAUGUUCAAACACAGCCUGUACUCUUUACAUAUUUUAAAUGAUAUGGCUUGCCUGACCUGGCCCUUAUGGGAUGGACAGUCUCUGGAGGGAUGCUAAACCGAACUGAGCAUAGAGGCAUGUGCAGGCUGCUAUCGUCAAUGAUGUCUGGAACUGAGCCACAUACCGACAGAGAGGAGGACUACAGGUUUCUCCACAGCAUGUUGAUGGAGAAGAAGCUUCACUUGCUCUUCAAGAUUCACGAGCAACUGAAGCGUUUUGAGAAGCGAAGCCCCGUCCCCGUCCAGGAGCACGCAGUGAAUCUGGCCUCAAGUUUGGCAGAGGAACUCAUAUACCAGGGUUGGAGAGAGGAAGUCAAAGAGCUGCUUGCCCUCAUUUCCAAACCCCACUUUCAGAGUCUCCUGCAUGUCCAUGACGCUGUAGCUCAGAGAGACUUUGAGCCUGUUCUGCCACCCAUACCUGAUGACGCACUGGAGGACGAGGAAGAUUCGGUCAAAAUUGUCAGUUUGGUCAAAACCAAAGAGCCUCUGGGAGCAACAAUUAAGAGGGAUACAUCCACCGGGGCUAUUGUUGUGGCGAGGAUCAUGAGAGGAGGCGCAGCUGACAAAAGCGGCCUCAUCCAUGAAGGCGAUGAGCUGAAAGAGGUGAAUGGAGUCUCACUAGAGCACAGGAAGCCAAAGGAAAUCCUUCCUCUGCUGGCUCGCUCUAAGGAUGAAGUCAGGUUCAAAAUUAUUCCUGCAUACUCCAGGGAAGAAAUGUCAACAACUAAGCAAAAGCUGUUUGUGCGAGCUCUGUUUGACUAUGAUCCCAAUCAAGAUCCUAGCAUUCCAUGCAAGGACGCUGCACUCGCCUUUAAAAGGGGUGACGUCCUCCAGAUUGUCAGCAUGGAGGAUGACACCUGGUGGCAGGCCUGUCACCUCGAGGACAGCAACGGUGGAGCUGGGCUCAUCCCCUCGAAGGAGCUGCAUGAAAGAAGAGUCGCUCUACAGCGACCCAAAGCUCUGUUCCAGCCUCGGAGAGUCAAGCCACCAGAGGAGGAGGAAGUUUUUCCAGUCACGGAGGAUGCAGACUAUAGAGCUAUAACAGGGAUCCAUGUUGCUGGUUUAAGAAGGAGUUUCCGUCUUGGUAGAAAGAGCAGCUGGGCCAAAGAAGCUGCUCGGUUCAGGAGAUGGAGCGCCGGGGUACACAGCUCAAUUUGUCCACCUACCUACAUAAAGGUGAUCCCCUACCACAGGGAGCCAAAGGACAGACAUCGAGUGGUCAUCCUGGUUGGGCCCAGCGGCGUUGGCGUUAAUGAACUGAAGAGGAGGCUGCUGAUCUCCGACCCCGACCGCUAUGGCGUCACCGUACCCCACACCACACGGGAGAAGAGAAGGCAGGAAAGCGAAGGUGUGGAUUAUCAUUUUGUGUCAGUCCACAUGUUUGAAGAGCUCAUUCUGAGUCACAGGUUUAUUGAGUAUGGGAGUUACAGAGGUCACUACUAUGGAACAAGUCUAGACUCUGUGCACAGAGUGAUGGCAGAGGGCAAGGUCUGCCUCCUGGAUGCUCACCCCAGUAAAAUAAAGCGUGUGUACACGUCAGAAUUUAAACCAUACGUGGUGUUUGUCAAGCCACCGCGCAUAGAGGAGCUACGCCUCACCAGACGGAGAGCUAAAUUUGUCCGCGAUGAAGAGGAUACUAACCAAGUCAGGAUCUUUUCAGAGGCGGAUUUUGAGGACAUGAUUGACUUGGCCGAAAACAUGGAGCGCCAGUACGGUCACCUGUUUGACAAGGUGAUUGUUAACGCAGAUAUCGCCUCUGCGUUCAGAGAGCUGAGGUCAGACCUCGAGAAGAUUCAGGAGGCACGGGUCCAGUGGGUGCCUACAGAGUGGAGCUGCUCCUCACCAACAAAAGCACGGAGAAGCUGUAGUCAUCUGCCCAGCUGGAUUUGAGAUUUAUAUAUGAAUUUGCAGAAGAAGAACAAGAAGAAGGGGGAAAAAAGGAAACUCUCCAGAGCUUGUGGCUGAGUGUAAUGCCUCCCUGCCAAGUCGCAAACAUCAGCAUGUAAUUAUUCUGACAGCUGCUGCACUUCAAUUAACUGUAAUGUA